AUGCUGAGUCCGCAAACGCACAUUUUUAGAUGUAGUUUGUUUUUUGUGCUAAGAGUCUCCGAUUGUAACUGUGCUCUGACACGCCUCCUCACGGAACCCCAGCGUGUCCACCCGUCAAAUGACACGCAGCCAGGGCCUCACCUACAACCCCAGCGUGUCCACCCGUCAAAUGACACGCAGCCAGGGCCUCACGUAGAACCCCAGCGUGUCCACCCGUCAAAUGACACGCAGCCAGGGCCUCACCUAGAACCCCAGCGUGUCCACCCGUCAAAUGACACGCAGCCAGGGCCUCACGUAGAACCCCAGCGUGUCCACCCGUCAAAUGACACGCAGCCAGGGCCUCACGUAGAACCCCAGCGUGUCCACCCGUCCAAUGACACGCAGCCAGGGCCUCACGUAGAACCCCAGCGUGUCCACCCGUCAAAUGACACGCAGCCAGGGCCUCACGUAGAACCCCAGCGUGUCCACCCGUCAAAUGACACGCAGCCAGGGCCUCACCUAGAACCCCAGCGUGUCCACCCAUCAAAUGACACGCAGCCAGGGCCUCACCUAGAACCCCAGCGUGUCCACCCGUCAAAUGACACGCAGCCAGGGCCUCACGUAGAACCCCAGCGUGUCCACCCGUCAAAUGACACGCAGCCAGGGCCUCACGUAGAACCCCAGCGUGUCCACCCGUCCAAUGACACGCAGCCAGGGCCUCACGUAGAACCCCAGCGUGUCCACCCGUCAAAUGACACGCAGCCAGGGCCUCACGUAGAACCCCAGCGUGUCCACCCGUCAAAUGACACGCAGCCAGGGCCUCACCUAGAACCCCAGCGUGUCCACCCGUCAAAUGACACGCAGCCAGGGCCUCACUUAGAACCCCAGCGUGUCCACCCGUCAAAUGACACGCAGCCAGGGCCUCACUUAGAACCCCAGCGUGUCCACCCGUCAAAUGACACGCAGCCAGGGCCUCACCUAGAACCCCAGCGUGUCCACCCGUCAAAUGACACGCAGCCAGGGCCUCACUUAGAACCCCAGCGUGUCCACCCGUCAAAUGACACGCAGCCAGGGCCUCACGUAGAACCCCAGCGUGUCCACCCGUCAAAUGACACGCAGCCAGGGCCUCACCUAGAACCCCAGCGUGUCCACCCGUCAAAUGACACGCAGCCAGGGCCUCACCUAGAACCCCAGCGUGUCCACCCGUCAAAUGACACGCAGCCAGGGCCUCACGUAGAACCCCAGCGUGUCCACCCGUCAAAUGACACGCAGCCAGGGCCUCACGUAGAACCCCAGCGUGUCCACCCGUCCAAUGACACGCAGCCAGGGCCUCACGUAGAACCCCAGCGUGUCCACCCGUCAAAUGACACGCAGCCAGGGCCUCACGUAGAACCCCAGCGUGUCCACCCGUCAAAUGACACGCAGCCAGGGCCUCACGUAGAACCCCAGCGUGUCCACCCGUCAAAUGACACGCAGCCAGGGCCUCACCUAGAACCCCAGCGUGUCCACCCGUCAAAUGACACGCAGCCAGGGCCUCACGUAGAACCCCAGCGUGUCCACCCGUCAAAUGACACGCAGCCAGGGCCUCACCUAGAACCCCAGCGUGUCCACCCGUCAAAUGACACGCAGCCAGGGCCUCACGUAGAACCCCAGCGUGUCCACCCGUCAAAUGACACGCAGCCAGGGCCUCACCUAGAACCCCAGCGUGUCCACCCGUCAAAUGACACACAGCCAGGGCCUCACUUAGAACCCCAGCGUGUCCACCCGUCAAAUGACACGCAGCCAGGGCCUCACUUAGAACCCCAGCGUGUCCACCCGUCAAAUGACACGCAGCCAGGGCCUCACUUAGAACCCCAGCGUGUCCACCCGUCAAAUGACACGCAGCCAGGGCCUCACUUAGAACCCCAGCGUGUCCACCCGUCAAAUGACACGCAGCCAGGGCCUCACCUAGAACCCCAGCGUGUCCACCCGUCAAAUGACACGCAGCCAGGGCCUCACUUAGAACCCCAGCGUGUCCACCCGUCAAAUGACACGCAGCCAGGGCCUCACUUAGAACCCCAGCGUGUCCACCCGUCAAAUGACACGCAGCCAGGGCCUCACGUAGAACCCCAGCGUGUCCACCCGACAAAUGACACGCAGCCAGGGCCUCACGUAGAACCCCAGCGUGUCCACCCGUCAAAUGACACGCAGCCAGGGCCUCACCUAGAACCCCAGCGUGUCCACCCGUCAAAUGACACGCAGCCAGGGCCUCACUUAGAACCCUAG